AUGGCUUCCGAACAGAAUGCCGUCUACUGCACACUUCUGCUAAGCGACAAUUACCUGCCUGGGGCGAUGGUCCUGGCGCAUUCCUUGCGUGACAAUGGAACAAGAGCGAGAUUGGUGGCCCUCUUCACACCGACUACGCUUCGACAGGAAACAAUCGACGAAUUAAGGACCGUCUAUGAUGAGCUGAUCGCAGUGCAUUCUUUCGUCAAUGGCCGACCCGCCAACCUGUGGCUGAUGGACCGACCGGACCUCAUCGCUACCUUCACGAAAAUCGAGCUCUGGCGUUUGACCCAGUUUGACCGAGUCGUAUACAUCGACUGCGACAUCGUGGCCCUGCGAGCCCCCGAUGAGCUGCUUGCACUGGAGGUAGAUUUCGCUGCUGCCCCGGACGUAGGCUGGCCGGAUUGCUUCAACAGUGGCUUGAUGGCUCUCCGGCCCAAUAUGCAGGACUAUUACGCCCUAAAGGCUCUCGCGGAGCGGGGGAUCAGCUUCGAUGGGGCCGAUCAGGGUCUGUUGAAUAUGCAUUUCCGUGACUGGCAUAGACUAAGCUUCACGUACAAUUGCACCCCCAGUGCAAACUACCAGUACAUCCCCGCGUACAAGCAUUUUCAAAGUACCAUCAGCCUGAUCCAUUUUAUCGGGUCGCGAAAGCCGUGGAAUAUGCCCAGGCAUGUGGUCCCGAUGGAGUCGCCGUAUAAUCAGCUGCUCAACAAGUGGUGGGCGGUCUAUGACAAACACUAUCAUCCCCAAGCUGUGUCUACUCAGCAGCUAUCCCAAGUUCCGCAAGAACCAAUCGCCAUACUGCGAUCGUCAGAUAUAGCCCCGAGUGGUGCGGUUCAGAUUUGGCCCGAGCCUCAGCAGGUCCAUCAUGUUCAUGGCCAUGGCGAUGGCCGUUCGGAUAAUAUCGUGCUAAAUGAGCAAUCAUCGUGGCAGCAACACUCCGCUGAGGAGGAGUCGCACGACCACGGUGCAGCACAACAGGCAGCUCCCCCAACAGAUAGACCGGUGUUGAGCAUAGUACCACAAUACGUGCGCGGCGAAGAAAAUGUUUCGACUUAUGUUCCCUCACAGCCUAACCCACCGGCGCCUAUUCACCAUAUCGAACCAAGCCUUGAAAGUCAACCGGUACAUCGCGAGCACCACGAACACCACGAGCAUCACGAACAUCAUGAACACCGUGAACCGUCCCAUGAUACAAGCCAUAUUCACCAUCCACAGCCUAUACCACCGCCCCCGAUUACUGAAAUUCUCCACCGACCCCCAUCGCCCAAGCCCGAGUCUCCCAAAUUCGAAGCACCAAAGGCAGAAUGGGAUGCCGAACGUGAGCCACCACCAUUGAACACGAAACCCGAAGGAAUCAGCCUGCAACAAAAAACCUACACUAUGUCCGAAGACACAAAGCUCUUCCAACCUCCCCCUUCAUACCCCGAAGCCCCGAAAAACAUGUACUACCAGGUCCCCGCCACAAAUCCCACUCCACAAAAGAUAUCCCAGAUCUUCCCCUGGGAACGCCAUGCCGCCAGACCAACCCGCGUCUUUGCACACGAACAAUCUCCUCCCCCCGCUGCUGCAUCUCCCGAACAACCAUCAACCCCAGAUCCUACCCUUCCCAAUCCAGCCCUGGCAGCGAUCGACAUAACCCCAACCCGGAUCCCAUUCGAACCCUCGGCCGAGUCGUGGGAUAGCUACUCCCGCUCCAACGCCUGGGACGAAGACCCCUCAAUCCAGCGCUACAUGGAAUCAAUCCAAGCGGCACGGAAACCAAAGACCCAAAUCGUCACCAGCGACAGCGCACAAACAAGCCCUGACAACCAAGCGGCCACUGCAGCUCACCACCACCGACCAAGCUUCCGGCUAACGGACUUCCCAACCGAAGUCGAGCGGCCCAGUCUACCCGUCACUCCGGCGCCAGUCGAACGACGGUGGUCUGCAGGCAAUGAUGGCGAUUCUACCUCCGCCGGGACAUCCUUGCUCCCUACUGCUGAGGGUGUACCGGCUCAGGAGGACUGGGUGGGUGUCACGGUUGACGCGUUCUCCCAACUCCUCAACGCAACAUACUUAUUUUGGCGCUCUACAGAAUCCCCUAGCUCGUCUCGAAGAGCUUCGUCGGAGGCAGUCCGUGGGGUUGGGGCUUCCGGAGCAGUUUAG